AUGCCAGAUAAUACACCAACACAUCGAUCAGCUUCUCGUUUUUCUGUUAAAAUAGCACGAUUUCUUUUUUCCACAUCUCUUUUGAAACAAUCAGCACCUCUUUCUACUCAUACACAUUAUACAAAAACAGAGAGUUCUACUGAUAUUCAAGAAAUAGCACGUAAUUUUAUUCAUUCACUGGAACCAGAACAUCGACUAAUUCUUGCUAAUGAAUUGAGUGAAAUUGAAAAAUUAUCAAAAGCAACAACUGCUACAAUACCAAUACCUUAUUCUCAAUUAGCUAUUGUUUUUAUUGAAACUGGACUUCCAUACAUUGGCUUUGGCUUCGUAGAUAAUUUUGUCAUGUUGGUUGCUGGUGAAACAAUUGAAACAUUUUUUGGCGUUGCUUUUUGUCUUUCGACAAUGGCAGCUGCUGGUUUGGGAAAUGCUGUCAGUGAUGUCAUGGGCAUUGGUCUUGCUGAUCGUAUUGAACGAACAUGUGGACGAUUUUUAGGUUUAUUUGGAAUCAGUUCACCUAAAUUAACCACUGAACAAUGGAGACAACGAUCAGUACAGACAACUCAACUGCUGUCGAAAGCUAUUUGUAUUUUCGUGGGUUGUUUGUUAGGAAUGUGCCCACUACUUUUCCGUGAUACUUCUGUUAAAAAAAGAAAACCGAACGAUAACGAUGAAGAUUAA